CAGAGAUGAGAAUAGAUUCAAUUUGGUAAGGAGAUUCUUCAACCCAAUACAUUUCAUCUAAUGAAAAGGUUAGGAUUGGUAAGCUAUGUGCUGCAGAAUUGCAAAUUAACUCUGUUUGAGAGUUUGCAAGGAUUGAGAGAAAGAUGCCAUUAUCAGUGACAGCUCCUUUCUAUCUUUUAAUUUAUCAAGUCAUAUCAAAUGUGGGUACUCCAACCAAAUAACAAUUAAGUUGGGAGAUGUUGACCAGGUUGUUCAUAUUCGAUCUGCACAACCUACACUCUGAGCUGGUCUCACUUGUGGAUUCUGCAGACUACCUACAACUUAUGUCACCAAGUCUAAUAAUACAAUUUUCAUUAUUUUCAUUGGUUAUAUUUUAUUUAUAAAUUGAGCAAAUUAUUGUUAUGCAAAUAGAUGUCAAAUAUCAUAGCUGUAUCCUGGCCUGUUCGUAUAACCCACAAAUAGAGAUGUUUUACUUGUAAAACUCUGGUAUAAGACAAACAGUAUGUCUCAUGUGAAAAUGUGAUAGAGAUGAACCUCAGGGGGACUCAAAACAAAAUCAAUCAAGAACAUUACUGAAAGAAUGAAUAAAAGUAGCAUUUUCUAUUACAUUUCAUACCUUUUACUUUUAGGUAGUUUGGAGGAGCACAUUUGUUAGGAAUGUUCCUUCCCUAUAUAAUAUGACUUGUUAGACAAAUAUCAUCACCACCGCAAAAUUUGUCAUCCAAACCUUUUCCAAAAUGGUGUUUUGUUCUCUCAGGCCUUGGUUUGGUGUUAUGCUCUAUUCCCUCCUUAUUCAUUUUCUUUCGUUUCAACAAUGUUUUGCUGAUGGGAACUCAACACUGGUUGUAAAUGCUUCCUUUGAUAAGGAGAAUGCAAGGAGAAUUCCUCAAAGUUUUCAUGGAGUGUUCUUUGAGGAGAUAAAUCAUGCUGGUGCUGGGGGACUAUGGGCAGAACUUGUAAGCAAUAGAGGCUUUGAAGCUGGAGGACCAGACAACACCUUAAAUAUUUAUCCUUGGUCAGUUAUUGGAAAUGAGUCAUCCAUUUCUGUAUCAAUAAACCAGACCUCUUGCUUUGAGCGUAAUAAAGCUGCAUUACAAAUGAAGGUGUAUUGUGGGGGUCUCAAACCUUGCCCAUAUGGUGGCGUUGGUAUCUCUAAUCCGGGCUAUUGGGGCAUGAAUUUUGAGCAAGGAAAGAGAUACAAGGUGGUCUACCAUGUUAAGUCAGAAACAAAGUUUGAUUUUCAACUUUCAUUCACAGGUAUUGAUGUUAUAAAAGUGGCAUCAAAUACCAGGCAUGUUUUUGGAGAUAAAAAAUGGAAAAGGGUGGAGACAAUAGUGGAAGCAAAACAUACUAAUCACUAUUCAAGUCUUCAAAUAACCACUACCAGUGAAGGGACAUUCUUGUUAGACCAGGUGUCAGCUGUGCCAUUGGACACUCAUAUGGUUAGUAGAAUAAACAAUCACAACUUAUAAAUCAA